AUGUCGCGGGGAAGUCAUCUUACAAAAGAGGAACAAGCUCAAAUUAGAGCAUUCAAAAUCGCCGGAUGGUCCAAUAGAAUGAUUUCGUCAAAAUUGAAACGAUCUCUCAACUGUAUUAAUCAAUUUGUCAACAAUCCGGAUCACUAUGAGCGAAUGAAAAACACUGGAGCUCCCAAAAAACUCACGGAGAGAGAUAAACGAGGGAUUGUUAGGUUGGCUUCGAACACAAUGAAAUCGUGUAAUGACAUCAAAAACGAGCUGGGUUUGAAUAUCAGUAAGACUACAGUUUGGAGAGCCAUAGACCAAUCCCCAGAAAUCGUUCGAGCCAAAUUGGUGCCAGCUCCGCGUCUCACACUUCGCCACAAAGACAACCGUCUUACUUUCGCAAAAGCCAACAUGGCCACAGAUUGGGAUAAGGUAAGUAAUUUUUCUAAAAACAUCAAAUAUUGAUGUUUUCUUGUUCAGAUAAUUUUUUCUGACGAAAAAAAGUUUAAUCUUGAUGGUCCGGAUGGUUACAACUCAUACUGGCAUGAUAUCAGAAAGGAUCAACUUCGCUUCCCAAAGAGAAAUUUUGGAGGAGGACGGGUUAUGUGUUGGGGCGCAUUUUCUGCAGCUGGAACGUUAAAAAUAGCUUUUGUUUCAUUCAAGAUGGAUUCGUUAGAUUACCAAAAAACCCUCCAUGACUAUCUUUUGCCAUAUUUGAGGCGGUUCCGGACCAGAAAGUUCACUUUUCAACAGGAUAAUGCUGCCAUCCACGUCAGCCAAUCAUCAAAAGAUUGGUUCAAAAGCCACAAAAUCAAAGUUUUGGAUUGGCCAGCGUGUUCUCCUGAUCUUAAUCCGAUGGAAAACGUAUGGGGGAGCUCGUUCGCCGAGUUUAUGCUCAAGGAAAAAAAUAUGAUACUGUGGACCAACUCAAAGAUGCCAUCGAGACGGAAUGGAAUAAAAUCGAUAAGAACUACCUCAAGAGACUUGUUGACUCGAUGCCAAAUCGUCUCUAUGAUGUCAUUUCUAAACAUGGAGGUCCAACUAAGUAUUGAUUUUCGAUUAUAUGUCUCCAAUGGGAAUUCUGGAUUAGGUGAACCUAUCGUUUUGAAACGCUAAAUUUUUGAAAUUUUUGAACUCCGGUCAUUUAUUUUUUUAUUAUUUGGUAGUUUCAGAUAAAAUUGAGUUUUCUUAGCUAAUUUUGUGUGCUCUAUUUUAUUUUUAACUCGGAUUGUUAUUACAACUCACACCUCGGCUGAUUUCAGAAAUUUUGGGGGUGAACCUAUCAUUAUGAAACGCACUGUAUAAUGUUUCUUAUAUUUAUUAACUGUGUAUUCGAUAAAAAAAAUCACUAACUAAAAUUUUUCCAGCGAGGGAACCGAGAUCCAAAAACUCACCGCCAUCCGAACCUUCCCCGACAUUCUCGAUUUCUCCGACGGCGAUAAAUGUCUCCGAAAAAUGCUUCCCGCAAUCCAGUCUUGCCUCAAAAUCGAGAGUUCCAAUUUGGAUUUGCAUUGUGAAGCCGCAGUUGUCUAUAAGAACAUAAUUCAAAAUGAUAAACUGAUCAGCAAGUUUCCGUAAGUCUAAUUUUGAAAAACAGAAGUUUUUUUCUGAGAAAAAAUAAUAUGUUUUUCAGUGGAUUGGCGGAUACAAUUUUGGAAAAUAUUUUGCAGAAUAUUCAAAAUCAAAAAGAGCACAGUGAGUUUUGAAUUAAUUUUUUCCUGUUUCAAAAAAAACCUAUCCUUUCUUCUAUCUAACUCUUUUCCAGAACAACCGCAUGAAAAAGAAAAAAUCAUCAUUAAAUCCAAUCAAAUGCAUCAUUGUAUGUUUUUCUUUCAGAAAAUUUUUAGAAAAUUUUUUUCAAGCUCACUUUUUAUUCCAGUAUCCGCGGCCGCCUGGCUCGAAACAAUUGUCGAAAUAGCUGACCGUUUAUCACUGUCUUCGAUUAAACAAUACAUUAUUCCGGUUGUACAAGUUCAAGCUGAGCCAGUUCAACGAGUUCAGCGAAGGAUUAUUGCCACAAAGAUAAUUCAUAAAUUGGCAAUGUUUUUACCAGCAAAUGAGUGAGUUUUCAAUUUUUGAUGAAAAAUAAUACGGUUGAAAUUCCUUCUCAAAGUUCAGAAAGUUUUGAAACAGUAAAAUAUUUGGUAAAUUUUUCGAUACUAAAUAUUCUGUUGAAAAUCAAUAUUUUAUAUGUAAAACGUUUGAAACAGUAGAAUAAUUUUUCAAAAAUUGUUGGCAAAGAGAAAUGAUGUUUUUUGAGAAAUUAUAAAAAAUCAAUUUAUAAUUUUUGUAAGGAAUUAAUGAAGAGUGAACCCGGUUGAAAUUCCAUCUCAGAAUUCAGGAAAUUUUGAAACAGUGAUAUUACUUACUUAGUUACUUAGUCGAUCCGUUCUUCAGCAUAUUGCGCGGACCACAGUUCUCCAUUUAUCACGGUCUUUGGCACAAGUUGUCCAAUAUUCGACCAAUUUGUUGUUGUUGUCAUAUAUACAGUGGUUUUUCCUUAGUUCAUCUGACCAUCUCAAUGGAGGGCGUCCAACUGGUCUUUUCCAAUCUCGUGGAUACCAAUCCAAUGUUGCCGUUGACCAACGGUUGUCGUUUCUCCUUGCCAUGUGUCCGGCCCAGCGGGUUUUUUGUUGGCGGAUGUGUCGAAGUGGAUCCUUGACUUGCGAUAGCUUCCGGAUGUCUUCGCGGUGGAGAUUUCUUUCGCGUUGUUCGCUGAGUGUUAUGCCAACUAAUCUUCUUUCCAAUGCCGCGUGGGAGACUCGAAGAGCUUCUGAAUUCUUUUUUGUGAGGGUCCAUGCCUCUGAACCAUAGCAAAGGGCGGGUAGAACCGUUUGAUCGAAUAAGUUUGCUUUGGUUUUUUGGCAAGUGAUGGCGUCGGUUGCUUUUUCUAUGGAUUUGAAAGCAGCCCAGCCAGCUCUUCUUCUUCGGUGGAGCUCAAUGCUCUAGAGGAGCUCUGGUUUUUUGAAUUUUCGGACGUAGUAAUUAUAGAAUUUUUUCUUUUAAAAUUAUAGAAAUUUUCUGAAACGGUAAAAAUUAUUUUGUAAUUUCGGAUUCAAAUUGUUCAAAUAAAAAAUUGAAUAAUUUUUCAAUAGUUUUUGAAACAGUGAAAUAUUUUUUGAAGAAUUUUUAAAAUUAUAAUAUUCAAUUUGCCGUUAUCAUAAGUUCCCUCAAUUGUAAUAGAAACUUGUAGAAUUUCUGAAACAGUGGAAUAAUUUUUCAAGGGGUUUCUGAAAUUAUUUUGUUCUAGAAAACUUCCAGCUUUCAAUUAUAAAUUCCUGCAAAUCUGAUAAUUCAAAUUGUUUUUGAAACAGUAAAAAAAUUCCCAUGAAAUGAUUUAUUUCCAUACCAAAAAGUCAAUAAUUAUUCAAAUUCUUCUCGAAGUUCUUCAUUUUUUUUAUUAAUUUUUUUGUUUUCCGAAGGUUUUGUUGGAGUAAUAUUCAAUAGAUCCGGAACCGGUAUCCCAAUCGAAACAUGAUUCAUUUUUUCGAAUCCUAGAAACUUUCAUUUUCCGUUUUAAUUUUCUCAUGAUUUUUUUGUUGGAAAAUUCUUCAAAUUCCUGAGCUGAAAACGAUUUAGUUCAAAAUAAUGUUUGAUUUCUGAAAAAUAAAGGAAUUUGAAAAAUUUUCCAAAAAAACCCCCCGAUGAGAACAUUGGAAUGGUAUAAAAGUUAUGAGGAGAGACAAAAAUCCAAACUGAAUAAAAAUUCAAAAAAUGUUCCAUUGGCCAGUUGGUUUACCGAUUCCGGAUGUAUCAAAGAUUAUUCCAACAAGACCUUCGGAAAACGAAAAUUCAUUCAAGAGAAGAACUUUGAGAAGAAUUUGAAUAACUUUUUUGGGAAUAAAUAUUUCAUGGGAAUUUUUUGAUCUGAUUUUUUUCACUGUUUCAAAAUUAAUUUGAAUGUGAUGGGCAAUCAAUCGACAAAUAUUAAAACUUUGAAAAUGAUACAAAAAAUUUUUGAAAAUGUGUCCGGAUUUUUUUUAAAUAUUGAAUUUAGGCCUAGAAACUUCAAGACAAUUCCAAAAAGAAUACCAAAAUUUGAAACAGUGAAAUUUUUUCAAAAGUUUUUUUUCAAAUCCGGACUGAGCACGAUUUUUCCAGAAUUCGAAAAGAUAUUUGUCCAAUAAUCUCAACCCUCUCAAAAGAUGCCAAUUCAAAUGUCCGCGUGGCAAUCUCCCAAAAACUUUGCGUCGUGGCAAAUGCUCUCAAAAACUCGCAUGACGUGGUUUCCUGCCUUCUCCCAUGUUAUAUCCAACUUUUAUCCGAUGAAGAAAUGAAUGUUCGCGAAGCUGUUAUGAAUAAUAUCACCGAUGCAAUGCCAUUAUUCACAAGAGAUUCGAAAAAACACACAAUUUUCGGGAAAAUCAAAUCGAUAACUGAAGAAGCAUUGGAUAAAAAGAAUGAGGCGAUUGCAUUGAUUUCACAGAAUUUUGGAAAAUGGGCGUGGGAUUUGAAUGAGAUUAUCGAUCAAUUGGAUAAAUCGUGGAUUUUGAACACGUAUUGUAAAAUGAUUCAAAUAUCUGAGGAGAAAUGUGAAGUUGGAAUUGAGAGAAAUAUUCGAAAAGUUUUGAAAAAAUCGUGUUGCUAUAAUUUGCCUGUGAGUUUUUAUUGAAUACAAAUUCAAAAGUUACAAUUUUUCAUGUACUCCAACGUUUUUCUGACUUUCAACUUAUAAUUCAUUUUUUUUUUGAAACGUACAAUUUCCGGGAAUUUUUUGGAAACAAAAAACCGUUUAGAAAUUAUGAUGGAAAAAAUAAUUUGAAAAAAAUCUACUGUUUCAAAAUUCAAAAAAAAAAAAAAGAAUAGAAAAAUCUGCCACGUCAUAGGAACUUAUUCACAAAAUCAGAAAAAUCUAAUAUUUUUGCAGUGCAUGAUUCUGAUGUUCAAAAAACACGCGGAUCGUCUUCUUCCAUUCGUCGAACAAUUUGGAACAGAUCACGAUGAUGAGGUCAAACUUUGCAUCGCCUCAUCAUACCACGAAAUUCUCAAUAUCUAUCCAGAGCGGUAUGAUUUGGUGCAGCCGUUCAUUGAACUUUUACACAGUGGUUCGACUGAUGUUAUUGCAAAAGUUUCACAAAAUAUGUCAACAAUUCUUCCGACUCUUUACAGAAUUGUUAAAGAGAAUCCAGGAGUAAGUUUUGAACUCUCCUGAUUCAGAAGAGUAAGAAAACUCUUCUGAUUCAUUCUGAAUUCUUUUCAGAAAACCAGUACUUCCCAACUAGAUCAUCUAAUAAUUGGGUGCAAUCAAAUCCUUCGAAAUCAUAGUAAUUGGCGAAGCCACGAAUCGCUCCUCCGAAGUCUUCGAUCAAUAACAAAUUGUGUUUCUCAAGAUGUUCUCAUCCAAACUUUUGUUCCGAUGUUGAAACGUGAGAUUUUGGGAGUUCGCGCAAUUCCCUGUCGAAUUACGGCGUGUGAAUCACUCUUGUUUUUGAUGAGGAAUAUUAAGGAUGAAAAUGUUAGGAAGGAAAUUGUCGAAUUUUUGAAUGAAGGUAUUUUUAUCAUCGAGAACUUCUGAAAUAAUUCAUGUUUUUCAGAACUGUCAAAACAUUCCUGCUGUUAUCGACGAAUCAAUUUCAUCGAUGUCGCUGAAAUUGUGCUCAAUAUUUUCAGCAAACAAAUCUUCAUUGAUAAUUUUCUUGACUCAACCUUGACUCUUACAAAUGAUCAAGUUUCAAACAUCCGAAUCAGAGCCGCCAAAUUUCUGCCCAAAAUCAAAGCACGUCUAAAACUUCCUGAAGAUGAUGAGACACUUCUGAAGAUCGAAAAUUGUGUAAGAGAUUUAUUGAAGAAUUCCGAAGGUCCGACGAGGGUUAUAAUAAAUGCGGCAGCUGUGGAAUUGACAAGAUCGGAAACAUCGCAAGAUUCAAAACUUGAUGAGAAAUUGGAGAGUGAAGAAAAGGAAUUAUGGAAGCCUGCGGCACCUAAGAAACCAUCGCGAAGAACUUCAGAAACCCCUUCAGAAUCCUUGCUCCGCCCACCAUCCUCACCAAUUCGAGCAACUUCGCCAUGGCGAACAGAAAGAAAAGCUGUCGCAAUAGUUCGACCACAACCCGUUCUUAUAGUUCGAUCACAAUCUCCUUCACCAAUCACAUAUCGAAGUGCAUCACCAGCUCCGAAAGAUAUUCGACCAAGUAGAUUACCAUUGAGCGAACGGGAGAAAUUGCGAAGAGCUGCGACUGAUACACCACCUCCGCCAACAACUUCAAGAUCUACUCGAAGUUCAUCAGUGUUGUCAAAUCGAAGAUCAGACGCAAUGACAUCAUCAACAUCCUCAGUUGAAUCGGUGUCAAGUGGAUUUGGAUUAGGACUUCGAAGAUCUGCAACAUCACAAUCUUCAUUAUCUGGAGGUUCUAGUUUCACAUCAACAUCUUCAUAUUCUCUCACAAAUUCUCGAUCUUCUUCAAAUAUUCGAAGACCAGUCUAUGGAUUGUCGCAUGUUUCGAGUUUGAGCACUUUCGAGCGUAAACCAUCACAUGUUUCGUUGCGAGUUAGAAAUGUUGAGCCAUAG